GCUAUUCUUAAAGGUUUUUAAGUGAAAAUAGAUACGCAUAAAUUAUCAAAACAAUAAUAUUAUGAGAACCAAAAUUUAUCAUUAUGGUAUAUUUGAAUUGUAUUAGGUUCGCCAAAAGGUCAUUCGACAAAGCUUCGCUUGAUUUGGCCAAAAAAUUACAAAAGACAAAUCCUCAAUUCUUGGAUUCUCUCCAUUUGAAAUUAACUGCUGGAAAUGGUGGCAACGGAAUUGAAUUUUAUAAUGGAAUUGGUGGUGAAGGAGGUGAUAUUUUACUUCAAGCAGACAAAAACAGGAAAACUCUUAAUGAAAUCUUAGAAUUUACUAGAAGUCGCAUCAUUUCAGCGAAAAAUGGAUAUCACAGUGAGCCGAAGCGUCUAUUACCCCAACAAGUAAAAUCAACAAUUAUUAAAGUGCCUCUUGGAGUAACCAUUUAUGAUGUUUCCAAAUCAUUAAUUGCCAGCCUUGAUAAACACCAAGAAAAAUUGCUAGUCGCCAAAGGAGGCAAAGGAGGAUCUUACGAAAGUAAUUAUAUCGGACAACCAGGUCAAUAUCGAGAGAUUAUCAUCGAUCUUAAAUUGAUUGCUGAUGUUGGUUUUGUUGGAUUUCCCAAUGCUGGUAAAUCAACCCUUCUUACUGCCAUUUCAAAAGCUAAACCCAAAAUUGCCAGUUAUGCUUUCACAACUUUAGCUCCUAAUAUUGGAACAAUCGAGUAUAGUGAUCUAACUAAGAUCACAUGUGCUGAUCUACCUGGUCUCAUUGAAGGAGCUCAUGAUAAUGUUGGCUUAGGUCAUGAAUUUCUUAAACAUGUGGAAAGAACGAAACUUUUAUUAUUUGUUAUUGAUGCUGGUGGCUUCCAAUAUCGACCUGACUGGCCUUUUCGAUCUGCUUUAGAAACAUUAAUGCUUUUAAACAAAGAAAUAGAACUUUAUGACUCUACCAUUUUAGAUAAACCAGCUUGUUUGGUGAUCACUAAAAUUGAGAAACCAGGAAAUAAAUUGAAAUAUAAAGAGUUUUUGGAGCAAUUACAACAAGCAGUGAAAUCAAAUUUCAAUUCAGUUGAUCCUGAAUUAAGACCUCUGCAAUUCGUAUUACUUCAAGAUAUAAUACCAAUUUCAUCUCAUUCUGGACAAAAUUUGCCUUUCUUGAAACAUAAAUUAAGAAAGCUAAAGUCAAGGCAUUAUGAAAAUUAUAAUCCUUAUGAUGAUGAUUUAGAUUUAAGCGUUUCUGCUAUAAUUGAAAAAAAACUUAAUCAAAUUAUUGAAGUUCAUUAAAGUAAAUUUUUUUUG